AUGUUUAAAAAGAAUACUAACAUUUUUUUAUCAGUAAUAUGCAUUAUUAUUUUAGAGAUUUGUUUGUCCAAUGGGUUUGAUUCAAUUCCUGUCACUUAUUUCGAUUUAACUGAUAAUAAUCCAGACUUUGAAAUUAAAAACUAUGAAAGAAGAUUAAUCAAGAAUCUUGUAAAUGACAAUCUACUGUGUGACAAGAAACCAACAUUAAAUAUGACAACGAUUUUAAAGAGUGGUUUUAAAGGUAUUAAUGGUAAUCAAAGUUUUAAUGAGUGGUUUCAUGAAACGGAUGGAAACUUAAUGAUAAAGGAUCAAUUUUUAUUAUUUAACCAAAGUGGUAACUCCCUCAUUUUCAAAAAUAGAGAUUUUCAUCCAAUCGACUCCAUAGGUUUAAGACAAUGGUACUCUGAUUCAAAAGGAGAUUUGAGAAAUUUUCAUUUUUGUAUGGAAAUUCAUGGCCUAUUUUGGAAGAAUCCAUCAACAGAAAAUAUCAAAAUAACUGCAGAUGAUGACUCAUGGCUAUUUAUAGAUAAUAAAUUGGUAAUUGAUAUGGGUGGUAUUCAUGAUCCAAUAACUGAGGUAUUUAAUGUAUCUAAAUUAGAGACCUAUCGUUUCUAUUCAUGUGACCUUUUUCAUUGCGAAAGACAUACUGUUAAUUCAGUUUUAGAAUUGGAAAUUCCUCAACUAUUGAAAUACUACACAACACCCCCAUCUGGAGCAAAAGAUGAAAUCUAA